AUGCCUAUCGCUCGUGAUGCAGAGUCCGUCGUCGGCAGCGUCAUCGGCAGUGACAUGGGCAGCGAUGUCGACAUGGGAAGCGCCAGUGAGGUCGAACCCGAUGAUUUCGACGACGACUUUGUCGAUCUGGGCGGUGUUCUCGAAGACCAGGAAGACAACCAACAUGCCGAUGCUCUGGAAGCCGACGUGAGCGUCCCUCCCCACGACCCUCUCGACGAGUCUGAAGAGGAACACGACAGCGACAAGGAGAAUGCGCCUCUCCCGGCCAGCCAGCAGAGCCAUCGAUCGCAAGCCUCACCCGAUCCCGCCCACAGCCUGCUACCAAGUCGGGCUGUGAUGGACGAAGACGAGGACGAACUGCCUGGUCCCCGCAUCAACACGAGAAGAGGCAGGCGCAGCGCUCUCGCUGAUGACGAUGCCGAGGGCCAAGCUGACCAAAGCUCUCUCCAGCCCGGCCCCUUCGAGGCCAUUAUUCAUGGUGAGGAUGUCGCAGCUCAAGCCACUUCCUCUUCGGACCGGGCUCGCAUCCCACUCGCGGACAUCUCGAGCCAGAUCGUCGAUCCAAGCAUGGUCCUUUCGCGCUCCAACACCACAUCACCCGUCGCGCAACAUGCUCAGCUUCCGACGACGAUUGAAGCCGAGGAGCGAGACCCGCUCAUCUUCUCGCCCACGGCGGGCGACGACAUGGACGAAUCUUUCCGCACCGAUGACAUUCCUUCGCAAGCUGCUGACCUUGGCCGCUUCUUCGAGUCAACUAUGCCAUCCUCAACAGCGAACAAGCCCAACCCACUCGCUUCGCAGCCUCCGCGCAAGUCUUUCUGGGAUGAGACCCAGACGCAAACGCAGAGCCAAGACCAAGGAGCCAGAGCCAGCCAAUUAUCCGCUGCUGCCGGCCGGCCGCAUGCAAACGAAGUCGCAAGGGUUAUGGCUCGCGACCCGUCGGGCAACUCGGCACUGGAAGCCUUCUUUAACGCAACCCAGGACGAGGAGCUGCGUGGGGAGAGUCUCGACAUCUUUGCGAACCCCAAGACCGCCCAAGCAGAGGCACAUGGACUUACCGCGCUGUUCAACGACGGCCGUCCUUCGCCUUUCGGUCACAGUCAAGCAUCGGCUGAGCCUCCCAAGCUCAGCGCCGGCGCCCGGGAUGCCUCUUCCAUGCCACCGCCAAAGUCGACCGAGGUCGACGCUUUCGCCGCGCUCCGCAAGGCGCAGAUGGGAGCGGCCAUGGAGCUGCUCGAUCCGACGCCCUCUGCAUUGCCGAGCUUCGACGAGAGUCAGGCGGAGCGCGACGCUUACGCUCAGCUACAGCGCGGCGGCUCCAGCGCACACGUGUCGCCCGAGAAGAUGUACAUGAAUCGCGACGGCUUCUUCACUCAGACCACGCCAAGCCAGCGGCCGGGUUUCUGGUCUCAGUACGACACGCAGAGCCAGUCGCAGAGCCAAGAUCCUGCGGCAAGCAAAGGAAACCGCGCCAUCACUGAUGCUGCCUGGCAGCGUCCUGUGCCUAGCAACUCUGCGCGUCGAGGCAGCGAGGGCAGUCUCAUCGGCCCCAAAUUGGGCGAGAAGGACGUGCUGGAGGACGAGGAGGAGCAGGACGUCCCUGUACAGCUCAAGCGACUUCGCCGCGGUGGCGCAAGGGUUCUACAAGCAGCAGAGGAGGAUGCCGACGCUCGCGACAAUGCCGACAAGCGCAGCGGCUCAUCUUCCGGUCAGCCAGAGGGCAGACCUCGCGACGCUUUCAAGAUCCUGCUCGGUCGCACGUUGCCGACCGAAGAGGACGAUACGGCCAUCAGAGACAAGAAGCGCAAGUCUGCCUUCAUCGAGGGCGAGGCAGAAGAGUCGGAAGAUGAGGAUCUCGGCGAGCAGAAGCGCGGCGAUGGCGGCGGGCUCAAGGGCGUCUUUGCGGACGAGAAUGGCAGCGACUCGGGCAAAGACGAGGACGAGGAUGACGAAGAGGACGAGGAUGCGGAAGACCUGCAAGAGCUGGUCGACAACGAACGCGACAUCGACGAGGCGCAGAAGGACGAGGUGGCACGCGCGCGCUUCCGCGAAGACAUGGAGGCGCGGGACCGCGAGGAUCUCGAGAUCCACCAAAAGGCGAUCCAGGGCGGCUACCGCAAUCGAAGAGGUCGCGGCGCCGGUCUCAAUAGUAUCGAGGGCUUCCUCGACGACGACGCCGAUGAAGAAGAGCUGCAGAGGCGUGCUGCCCUGGGCUUGCACAUGUCGAGCUCUGCUUGGAAGAAGCGAAAGCUGCUCGACGGCACGCAAGACGGCAUGGACGCGCUGGCUGCGCACGACGAGGCCAAAGCAUUUGUUCACAGCUAUGUUGCGACGCACAAGAUCGAACACGAGUCCGACAAGUACGACUUUCUGCUGCCGCAGCCCGGCGAUGCGGACGCUGAGGCGCAGGACAGCGACGAGGAUGACGAUCAGGACGAGGCUCGGGACGGCCGCGUUGACGAACGCGAAGAUGCAGACGAUGAUGAAGGCGACGAUGAACAAAAAGCAGAACUUGAAGACGUCGAUGAGGACGCCUUUGGACCUGUGGUGACAAAGCAGCCGCGCAAGAUCCGGUACGACGAUGUCCGAGCUGCGAUUCGCGAGCGCCGCAAGGCGAAGAACCGCGGCGCCCUUGACGAUGACGAGAAUGACGACGAAGGGCAGCGCAGGCAUCGAGACGGCCGCAGUGGCUCGGAUGGCUCGGAUUCCGAGGAGGAGGACGCUGGCGAAAGGCUGGCUUCUGCCUUGCGCAGUCGCGUUCGAGGCGAUGGCAGCGGCAGUGGUUCGGCAGAGGUCGAGGGCGGUGCUGAUGCUGCCGCUCCAGCGUCUCGCAGACCGCAUCUUGGUAUGCAGUACGGACGUGCCAAAGCACGAGGCACUGUCGCAGCGCCGGCUCGCGAGGAGGCUGAAUGCAUGGAUGUAGACGUGCAGCCCGUAGCCUCGGCCGGGGUGGGCGAAGGCGACGAGGAAGCAUCUGGUUCGCUCUCGCUUAUGGCGCGGCUGCUCAAAAGGCCGGCCGCCUCUGCGCGCAGGGCAGCUUUGGCCAGCCAGAGUUUGUCCAUGUCGCUAGACACGCUCGAGGAAGCCGAGCCCGAGUGGGGCAACGAAGCGAAUCUCGUGAGGGCGCCCAAGGCUACGGCUGGCGGCGCUUCGCAGGCGUCGUCAUCAGCAAUGUCGGCGGGCAAGAGCGCGCUGCCGCUGGGCCCGUCUGCCAACGUUGCCAGGACGGGCAGCAGAGGCGCCGCACCGAUGCUCAGCUCCAAGCAGGAGAUCAUGCGUCGCGGCGGCGGCUUUGUGGGCUCGUCGGCGUCGCAGUAA